AUGGAGGAUCGGCUGCGACGCGCUGCCGAGGGCAGCGAAAUGGUGCGAGAAGCUGGCGAGGCGACACAGAGGGAGAAGUCAAGGCAGCUCCGACACCUCUUCGGUGGAGGCCCCCAGGUAGAGAUGCUGUCUAGAGCUGCAGACUCCCAGGAGUAUGAUUCUGGAGAGGUAGCCUCAGGAGCUCAGCAGUUGGAGGAGGAAGAUCUGGCAGCAGCAGCUUUGGAGUCUGAGCAUCCGCAGGGAGCUCUCGAUAUUCUGACAACGCAGAUGAUCGAUGAGCAUGUGAGCUCGCCCUCCGUGAGUGCUAGAGUCCAGUUGUGGUCUGAGAGUGAAGCCUCUCAGAAGACUGUGGCAGCUGAGUCUGCAGAACUUCGAGCGGCUGCAAGGAAAGUGAGGAAAGUGAAGCAAGAAGCAGAGGCUGCUUCUGAGGAAGAGAAGGACCCGCCGCCAAUGCAGAUGGUGCAGGCUCCUUCACUGCGUCUGGGACCGGUCGCUAAGAGAGAGGCUCUGGAACAGGAGCUGGGCCCGGUGGCUGCGGCAGCCUGCAACUUCGCUGCCGGGUUCGUGACACAGCAGCUGACAGCAGCUCACGAACGGGAGCUCAGUCGGCAAGCCCAGUGGCACCAGCAGGAACUCGAGCUCGCUGUCCGCCUGGCGAAGUCCGAAGCGGAAAACGAGGUCCUGAGGAAGCAGAACGAGACUCUUCUCUCGAGAGUCGGCGCCGCCCCGUCCGUGCCACUUCCGCAAGUCGCGGCACUGCUCCCCAGAGACGAGGUCCUGGAGGUGAAAGAGGAAGAGGCGGCUCAGGAAGAGCCACCGCAGGAAUUCGUCUACAGAACCUGCGAAAUGGCGGCAGAGCCGCCAUACUCUGUUCUGAGGCUCUUCCUCGAGUUCGCCUACGGGCAAGUGGCAGCCUCGGAUAUGGCUCGGCAGUCACUGCCGGCGGCGAUCGAACAGCAACUGCGGCAGUUCGAUGACAUCCCAGGGGGCCGACUCCUCAUGCCUGGCCAGUUGAAAUCCUCACUGGAUUUGGACCUGCUUCCCGUACACCCUGAGUUUCUGCGACUCCGUGACGUGAGGGACUUCGACGUCCAGGUGCCCGGCCACGACCUCGACACGGCGCUGCACCUGCUCCGGGAAAGCUACUGUAUGCCAUGGGAGCGACCGAACUUGGAGCUGGCAACACGCGGCCGGGAUAUUCGAGCGUGCCUCCACAGCACCCUUCGACUUCCUGACGCGAGGCCGCGUUUACGUGGCCUACAGCAAGAACCUCAAGCAGGUCUAUGCCUCCAAAGCCAACUACGGUUCAAGCUCCGUCUUUCCUAUGUACUUCAUCAAGUUCAAGGAUCUGCCGGUGGAUCGCCGUAA